GCCAGGAUAAAAAACAAAUUCUCAGAAAUCUUGCUGAUGUCCGAAAGUACUCCAACAAAAGAAAUCUACCAAAACCUGAGCCUCGCACUCUUGCUUGCGACGAACGUCCUGGCAAAGCUCUUUGUUAGCACGUGGGACGCACAAUGCAAGGCUGCCCCAAGCGCUGGUGCUGCCCCUGGUGGCGGUGGCGGUGGCAGUGGCGGUGCUGCUGAGUGCGACGGAGCGACCGUUCUGAGCUCGAGCGCAACCACGGGUCCAGGGGUCGCUGGUCUGCCUCCUCUGUCCAAGGCCAAGAGCAAGGGCAAGGGCAAGGGCAAGGACAAGGGCAAGAGCAAGAGCAAGAGCAAGGACGACCGAACCGCCGGUGCUGCGGGACUGUCAACCGGAUCUCAUACGAUGAGUGACAGCGCUGCCACACCUGCCGCUUCAACCUCCGCUUCAACCUCCGCAGCAGCCCCAGCCACGAUGACUGCAUGGACGCACGAUACUCGCUCGGGUGCAGCUCUGCUCGCGAAGCUUCCGCCAAAAAUCUGCGAGAAACAGCGUCCCGAGAUUGCCAAGGGGAAGCCGGAAACCUGGGACAUUACUGUGCUUGGGUCCAUCAUCCUGAACGUGUUGCCGCUCAGCGAGAUCGAUCGCAGUGCAGUCCGCGAAAUUGUCAAGUAUCGCAACGACUUUGCUCAUGCCACGGCGUCUGAGAUUACGCCGCUCGAGUACGCGAGAAUCCGCGACGGACUGCGCGCAGCCCUCGUCGACAAACUGGCCACGGAUGCCGCUGAAUUCGACGCCUGCUUCAUCGAAACACUGCACAGAGUGUCGGCGCCCGCACCAGACGCCGUCGCGGCUGCAGAGCGCGAGAAGGCUGCUGGCAACGAGCUGUUCAAGCAAAAGGCAUUCGACGAAGCCAUCAAGUGCUACACCGCUGCCCUCCUUCGCGUUGAGCACUAUCCGUCCGAGCUUACUGCAGUCCUCCUGACCAACCGCGCCACGGCUCAUCUGAAACUCGCACAUUUCGUCGAGGCCAAGCAUGAUGCCAAGCGUGCGCUUCUGCAGGGCACGCCAGCGUUCAAGGCACACCUCCGUCUGGCAGAGGCGUAUCUGAAGUGUGGCAAGCACACAAAGGCCUGCAGGCACGCCGAAUGCGCGUACAGUGGCUUCCAGCCGGGUACUGCCGAGAAACGCCUGGCACGCGAGCUGCUCGACAAGUGCCGCCUUGAGCGCGCCACAAUCGAACGUGGAGAGGACCAGAAUUCAGCGUAUUCUAUGGCAUUUCAGAAUGCCGCCGAGUCUCCGUUCCGCCAGCGAGACGUGGCCCGAGUGGGCGGCCAGGCGAAUUUUGAUGCACUUCUACGACUUGCUACAUCGCUCGGGACUUCGACCGCUGAAUCGUCUGCGUCACCCUCGUCCUUUGUAACGGAGUUCCAGCUGAACAUCCAAGCACACAAUUUGCGAGAUGAUGGCAAGUUUGCACAAGCCUAUCCAGUCUUUCUGCGUCUGGCGCAGCUUGGCAACGCGAUUGGCAUGUACAACGUUGGUCUUUUUCUGAUGAAAGGGCUAGGCGUUGCUCAAGACAUCGCGCAAGCAACUGCGUGGUUUGAGAGAGCGACGCAAGUCCCGAUUCGUGAUGACGAGUUGUUCAAAGACCAGCGGAUUGCGAUUGGGGCCGCUUUUGUUUCGCUCGGCAACAAUCACUUCAAUGGUAUCGGCUGCUCCAAAAAUUUACGCUUGGCGUUACCCUACUACCAGCGUGCUGCCGCUCUCGAGGCGCCCACGGGCUACAACAUGCUUGGCCUGUACCACUGGAGCGGCCUCGAUGAAUCACCCGUCGACCGGGCGCUCGCGCGAGACUACUUCCGCCUGGCAGCUGAGGGCGGGUGCACGGAGAGUAUGACCAAUAUGAGCUUGCUACUGCGCGACUUGGGCUUGUUGGACCGCGCAGCGCAGUGGGCAGACACGGCCCAAGCGUUCGGCGUUCAUAAAGCUGCGGCCUUGGCAUCUUCGAUUCGAUCGACUAUUCAACGAGUAGGCCCAACAAACCUUCAACACGUCCAAGAAUUUUGCAAUAUGAUGCCUCGGCUCCGCGCUCCUCCGACUUUGCUACCGUUCAACCAGUAUCCCACGCUGGACGAGCUGGAGGCCAUCGCCUCGCCGACUGUCUACCUGAGCAGUCUGAUCAGUGCCAAGCGUCAGCUGAUUGCUGCGAUCGAUGAAUUUCGCAGGAACCCAGUGACAGCCGACAGCACGCGUCGCCUCAUUUCGCGGGCAGCGAGCGCCAGGCGUACCGUUGACGGCGGGCUUGUUUGUGAUCCGGAAAGUGCGGCAGUCCUUCGAGUCAUUCUCGAGCAAUCACAUCCAGACGAGACCUUGGAACAUGACAGACGUACUCUGCUGUCUGGCACAGAGGUUGAGUACGCGAUCUCGGCUGCCAACCAAUACUGCGAGGACAGCUUCCUCAACCUGCGGACCGGGUGCCAGCUGAUGUUUGAUUCCUCAGACAAAGACAAAGAAAAGGGACUGUUCUAUCUGCGCCGCGCCUUCCAGAUCGUGGCCAACCGCAGCGAGAACGACCUUGAGCGACUUGACGUGACGUAUUCACUGGGCACUGCGUACCGGAUCUGUGACAAGCCCGAGCAAGCGCGCAAACUCUUCAUGCAAUUUCUCGAGCACAAACACCUUGGUCAUCGUGAAGUAUGCGAAGCGUACUUUCAGCUCGGCCUCUUGUCUCUUCUAAGCCUUGAAUCUGUCGAACGAAAUUGUCGUGAAGCGAAAAAAUUCCUCGAUCUGGGCAUAGCUGCACAACGCACCUUGCCAGGAUUUCUGCAGCCGCGCCACAAGCCGCUAAACCGUGCGCUGCUCGAAGACCUUUUGACCAUGUUCGCCAAGGGGCACCUCGCUGCCCGAGUCAUUCCCGUCCCUCAAGAGGGCGGCCAUGUAUUGUCGGGACCUCGUGCUCCUGAAGCCCUAAUGCCGCGUGGUCUCUCCUCCAAGGUCCUUGAAGUGUAUCGCUCGUCGCGCGUGAAGUUUCUGAAGGAGGCCCCAAAAAUCAGCUCAAUGUUCAAAUUGGCACCACCCAGCAAACACAUCACCUCUGCUGAAACCUUGCCCCUCUCCCCGAUUCAAAUCGACGAGAUGUUUCUCCCUUGCGUCGAGAGGCUUUAUCACAACCGUGUGCUUGAGUGCGUGAUUGUGGGGAGCGGCCUUCGCGUGAUCUCCAUCUCGUAUAUUGUCGAAGACUCAUCGCGAGCUCCGGCCAUAUUGAGCAUCUACAACCUCUCUGCGGCGCAAGAGAGGUUGCUUGUGCCUGGCCGAGUUAUCAAGAUCAUUUCUCCGUUGGCACGUGUGCCACAGUCGGGCCCGAUAUGCAUUCGUGUCGAUGACCCUCAGCACCGCUUGUUUAUUGGUGAUCACAUCCCGCUGUGUUGGUUCUGCCUCAAGCAGCAAGAAGCCUCUCUACUCAUGACGUGCGGACGAUGCAAGCAGGCGAACAACAUGGCAACCACCACAGACCCAGAAUUGCGGUCUCGGCGCGUCAAUUACUGGCGGAUGAAGUCUGUCUUUACAUUUGCCGAGCUGGUGCUCCAGCGCCUGUUUGUCGCGACGUGGAACCGAGCAUCUGAGACUGACGACCGCAACUGA